GAUGACGAUAGAAGCCUAAACGUCGAGACAUUCUCAGCAAAAACAGAACUAUAGAAAGAAUUAGCAAGUUAAGGUCGAAAGAACAGAGAGAGGCUAAGGACACAUAGGAAAGAGAUUAAAUAGGCUCAGAAAGAAACCAUGUAUCUCGCUUUAUUAUGCAUUUUGGUUUUUGCUUCAUCGGGCUACGGAGAGGAUGAAAAAGAAGUUCUUGACAAGGUCAAUGCUGGUGUAGAAGCCGGAAAUGCGAUCGUCGAAGUUCUUAGUGAUGAAAACUUGUCAAAGACUUUUGGUAAAAUCGCCACGAUCGCCUCGAAAAUUGGACCAUUUCUGGGUGCCAUUGGUCCAGCAAUAGCGUUGAUUUCCAUAUUCUUGCCAGAUUCACCGUCUCCAGAAUUGCAAUAUAUGAAGAAAAAAUUCGCCGAAAUGGACCAGAAGUUCGACAAAGUCUUUACGAAAUUUGAAGAAGUGGAAAAUCUUAUUCAAGAAACAUCCCUAAAAGCUCAGUAUGGCGAAUACGAACACACAAUAUCGGCUUUGUCUUAUCGUCUACAACAGUUUCUGAGCGCUCCAACUGAUGCAGUACAAGGACAGAAGGAAACGUUUAUCAGUGCUUACGAGUCGUCUUACGGCAGCGCCACAUACAAACUCUGGCGCGGUAUGAUGGAGGACACUGUUCUGUCGGAUAACAUUCCGGAAACAGCCAUAAAAUAUACAGACAACAACCGCGGACGAGUUCAAGGCAUUAUGAAAGGAGUUACAAACUUAAUAUUACAGGGUGUGAAAGUCCAUUUAUCUUACCUGAAAGCCAAAGGUCGAGAUGCCACAUAUGAAGAUGAAAAGAACACUUGGGAAAACAAUAUCAUACAGUUAACUAACCAUAUGAAAAUCGUGGACGAAAAGGUGACCAAUGCUUGGUAUACACAGGUCGAAAUCGAUUUAAAUAACAAUUUGGCUUUGUUAAAUGGCAAGAGUAACAGUGAUUUCGCUGACAAAUUCUAUGCAUUCCUAAAUGAAAAAUAUGAUUGGAGGUAUUGGAACAUUGUUGUUUACAACCCAAUCAGCGGAGGAGACAAUCAUUGGGUGAAAUGGUGUGGCGGGUAUCAUUCAUUCCGCAAGCAUGGCAGAAAUGUCGUCAUAUCAAGCGUUGAUCAAGGAAAAGUGGCCAUUGAUACAGAAAAGGCCAAAAAAGUACUCAAUACGGUCCCAACUCGUAUUAAUUUUGGCAUUGUUAUUAAUUUUCCAGCUAACACGGUUUACGCUAUGCUUCCGGCUGAAUUUAGGAAUGGGUGCACUUAUGCGGGAGUAGGCGUCAUAGAGAAAAACGCAAAUGUUCAAAACCGGGCCCCAAAUAGUCGCCUUGCUGUCGUCGACAAUGGUAGGUACAACCUUCAUGCGUUUGGUUAAAUAAGUGACGCACUAGCUUAAGAUAAACGGUUCAGAUUUCUGUUAGUGCUUUCUUUUACAUAAAGUGUUUGGGUAGUUAUGGUGUUUGAUAAUUUCUAAGGUAAAACAAACUAAAUUGACGAACGAAUUGACUAGAUUAUUAAACUUGCCAAAAGUGUAUGAUUUCAAGGAUAGUAUGUAAAAUGCACAUCUAGCUUUAUUAUUAUUAUAAGCAUUAUUAGCAAACACAUAUCUUUUGAUUGCAAAACUGCUUUAUAUCAGCUAUUUUAAAAUAUUUAAAUUUAAGUUUGUACACACUGAUAGGCCUAUAGGAGCUACAUUUGAUAGUCGAUCCUUUUGAUUCAAAAUAUGCUUCAUAUCAACUAUGUGAAAUACCUGAAUUUAAGUCUGUUGCUACAAUGAUAUAGCUGCUAUUUUGAAAUAAUUUGAAUUUAAGUCUGUUGAUACACUAAUACAGCAGC